UCUGUCACGUAGUUUCGUCUGCUACGGUUAGAGUAGGGUCAGGUCUGCUUCUGCUGUUCUAACGACGUCCAUUAUGUGUUGAUCGGGCCUUUUUAGCCAAAUUUUCUCUAUUUCGAUCUACGCUUGCGUUGCGCGCGAACUACGGUGAAGAAUGGGUGCUCAGUGGCUGGCGGAAUACGCCCUAUGCCUGAGACUAGGCUUGAAAUGUGUACUUAAAGCCUAUUGAGGCCAGAGCUAGGGCUAUUCUGGCGUCAAGCGACGUUCACUGCCAAAGCAAGGUUUAUAGACCAAUUACCUCCAGCGUAGGAACCUCAAACUAAUUUUCACAAUGCCACGAGUGAAAAUAAGCAGACAAAGAGCUCAUAAACUGCUGUCACUAACCCCCAACCAGUCAGCGACUGUUGAUAACAAUGCCAAUAAUACAAACGUCACUAAUAAAGAAUGUGGGGUGUACUUCUCAAAACAAUUCCCCCCGAAUCUCUUACUAAAUAUGAAUGAUCUACGGGAAAACCAACGGUUUUGUGACAUAGAAAUAGUGUGUGGUGGAAAACACAUUAAGGCUCACCGGGUUAUAUUGGCUGCAAGCAGUCCUUACUUUCAUGCCAUGUUCACUGCAGAACUCUUAGAGAAACAAAAACCAUGUGUUGAACUACAUGCUGUUGAUCCUGACAUCUUGGAAGAAUUAAUAAGUUUUAUUUACACAGGGAAAGUAAAGAUUGGCCAGGACAAUGUACAAGACUUGAUUGUAGCUGCAGAUAUGUUACAACUCAAAGAAGUUGUCACUGGUUGCACAGAGUUUCUCUUGAAAGAACUACACAGUUCAAACUGUAUUGGCAUCUAUAGGUUUGCUGAUGGUCACAAUUGUUCAGAUCUUGCUGCUUCUGCAGUUGACUAUGUGAAUUCUAAUUUUCCUCAAGUAAGCGUUGAGGAUGAGUUCUAUGAGUUGCCCAAGGACCAAUUGCUACGUUUUCUGUCUUCUGAAAAUUUGGUAGUUGAUACAGAAUUUCAGGUGUUUCAAGCAGCUAUACGAUGGAUUCUCCAUGAUGUUACACAGAGGAGGCAGUACGUUUUUGAAAUACUUGCUCAUGUGAGGUUACCACUCCUAUCAACAUACCUUUUAGAAAGAGUCAUCAAUGAAUUGACAGAUAGUAGCUUGAAGGUUGCUUUACGGUCAAUCCGCAAAGAUUUGCUAUCCAAAAGGGGCCACUUGGUUUCGUUGGUUGUUCAUCCCAGACUUCGGGCAAAGAAGGAUGUUUAUGUGAUUGGUGGAUCAAAGAGAGAACUAGUCAGUGCAUCGAGCAGUGCGUGGACUCGAUCAUCUGAGUGUACAUUUUCAUCAGUAGAAAGAUUCAGCACCUUUACUCAAGAGUGGGUUCAGUCAACACCAAUGGCAAUUGGCCGUAUCUUACCUGGAGUUGCUGUUUUAAACUCUAAAAUCUAUGUGGUUGGUGGGGAACAAGAAUCUCAAAUCCUAGCAAAUGGUGAAUGGUAUGACACACAAGCAGACACUUGGAACAAGGUAUCGAUGGCAAGUAUGGUAGUUCCGCGAUGUGAGUUUGGCCUGUGUGCUCUCAAUGGUUAUUUGUAUGCUGUUGGCGGUUGGGUGGGUGAAGACAUUGGUGGAUCAAUAGAGAGAUAUGAUCCCUUGAAUGACGAGUGGCGUCUAACAGGAGAGCUCCCUGAGCCUCGAUUUAGUAUGGGGGUGGUAUCAUAUGAAGGGUGCAUAUAUAUGGUUGGUGGAUGUACUCAUGCUCGCCGCCAUCUUCAAGACUUAAUCUGCUUUGACCCUGCCACUGGAGUAUGGUGCACACUGAAGCCAAUGCUUGUGCCACGAAGCCAAAUGGGUGUUGCUGUCCUUGAUGGGUAUCUUUAUGUUGUGGGUGGCAACAACAGACACCAUGAAGCCUUGCAAUCAGUUGAACGUUACUCUUUUACAGAGAAUGAAUGGACCAAAGUUCCCCACAUGCAUAUUGGAAGAGCAAGCCCUGCAGUUGCUGCUGCUGAUGGAGUGCUGUAUGUCAUUGGUGGUGAUGAAACGCAUGAAGUCAACUUUUACCGAGCCCAAAUUACCAUUUCUAGUGUGGAGUGCUAUGACCCUCAGACUAAUAAGUGGCGUGAUUGUCCACCGUUACCUGAAAGUCGUAGUGAGGCUGGGGCUGUAGUUGUGUGAAAACUGAUAUUUUCGCAAAGUAAGAUUUUUCUCAAGGCUGGAAACUAAUAUCUGUUAGACGACCUUCAUCAUAAUUUUGGAUGACAGGGCUGGACCAUCAUUUCAUAUGUAAACAUGAAUUGGAUACACCUGUUUACUGCAAUUUUACUCCUUUUCCCCCUAAUUUUGAUUUUGUACGUACACGUUUAGGAACAAGUUAAGGUGAUAGGGGACUAAACUAAAUUUUGAUUUAUGUUUUGUUUGAUGGAAGUGUGAUCAUUUCUUCUUACUUCAUGAAAGCACAAUGUUUGGAUAAUAAUGAACUCUGAUGGAGCUUAAAUUAAAUCAUAUCUGAAUUUU